GAGGAACUGAAGAACAUGACUGUUGAAGAGUUCAGAAGAAGAUUCAGUCCCGAAGACAAAUUGGACCUCAGAUUUAUCUUCGAGGGCAGACAACUGGAGGUGGGUCGUACACUUGGCUCUUAUGGCGUACUAAACGAAUCUACUAUUCAUGCAGUUCAACGUCUACGUGGUGGAGAGAGCUGUGCACCUGAAGAUGAAGAUGAAGAUGAAGGAAUGUCCAGGACUCAAUCAAUGGAAAUAUUAGCAGAAAUGCAGAAGACUGAGCCAGAAUAGAUCAUGUUGCAUUUCAGUGCAGCCUCAUAUAAAUCCACACACUG